UAGCACAACACUACAUGCAGUUAACGAUGAAGCAGCUGCUUCAAUAUUUCCCCUUCCUUCUUUUCUUCUUCAUCUUCUUCCUCCAUUCCACCACAACUCCCGCUCAUUCCCAGGCCGUUUCUCCGGGACCAUCGGGCCCCACCAACAUCACCGGAAUCCUCGACAAGGCCGGACAGUUCACCACCUUCAUCCGCCUCCUAAAAGGCACCCAGGUGGCCAACCAAAUCAACACGCAGCUCAACAACUCCAACCAAGGCCUCACAAUCUUCGCACCCACCGACAACGCUUUCUCCGCACUCAAAUCCGGCACUCUAAACUCCCUCACCGACCAACAAAAAGUCCAGCUGGUGCAAUUCCACAUCCUCCCUUCUCUCUUCUCCAUAUCGCAGUUCCAAACCGUCAGCAACCCUCUGCGCACGCAGGCCGGCGACAGCAGCAACGGCGAGUUCCCGUUAAACGUAACCACCUCAGGAAACCAAGUGAAUCUAACGACAGGGGUCGUCGACGCAACGGUGGCGAACACUAUAUUUAGUGAUAGCCAGUUUGCGGUGUAUCAGGUGGACAAGGUGCUCCUUCCGCUGGAUAUUUUUGGGGCACCUGUGUCGCCGGCUCCGGCUCCGUCGUCUGAUAAGCCUGAGAAAAGAGUUUCGGGUUCGGAUGCUCCAUCUGGGUCUAAGAAUGAUGCCUCCGUUGACACUUCUGGUGCAACGACAGGAGCAGUAUCCUUUGGAGGAGUUGCAGUUAGUGCCGCAAUAUUUUGUUCUUUGUGGUUGUGAUUUUUGUGUUGAUUGAUUGAUUGAUUGAUGAUGAUGAAAUCUUGAGCGCGGCUGUUUUGAUUUCUACUAUAUUAAAUCAUUAUUCUUUUGAUUAAUGUCUGUGUCGCUAUUACAUGUUUGAGGAAUUGGAGUGCUCGAGCUGACUGCUGAGUGACGCUUUUGCCAUGGGCGUAAAUGUAAUGAAGAAGAUCGAAGGGAUGGGCCUUUCGGCCCAGUGAUUGUGCCUCGCGUUGAUUAGUGUUUCAUAUGGGCUUGACGAAAGUGGGUUGAGUAUCAAAGCCCAAGCCUGCAUGUUUGGCCUAUCAUGUUGAAAUAUAUAAAGCGUCAUUUAAUUUGUUUAGGCGUGAAAUAUUUUUCGUUUUAG